GAUCAGAUUGCCGAGUCCAGAUCGCAACUGUCAACGACGGCGAAGGCCCCUCUGGCACUUUGAUCUCUUCGCGAUCACCAACAUGUCUGUGCUUGGAAGUAUUGCUCGGAAGUGGGUCUACUCUUCAGCCCCAGCUUUGCGAUCAUUUUCGAGUCAUGUUCGACAAGCCAAAGCCACAACUGCCACAGCAAUGUCUCCGAGCGCCCGAAUGUUCUCAACUGGACUGAGAACGCCUCUGAGCCGACCUGUCCAGAUGCAGCUCACGGCUCGUUUUGGCUCUCAGCGUCGGCUUGCACACACCUCGACGAGUGAGCGCAAACCGUUUGUGCCCAAAUCCACCAAAGUUGCGUCAAAAAGAAAGACCAAGAAAUACAAGCUGAAGAACAACAAGAGUGCGGUUUCGAGAUGGCUGGUGCUGGGUAGCGGCGGAUUCAAGCGCGCCCAGGCAGGCUCCCGCCACUUGAACGUCAAGCGUCGGGUGUGGAAGAAGAUUUCCAAGAGAAGACGAGUGACCUCAAAUGCAACCCAAGCCCGUCUGCUGCGCCGAUUGAUCCCUUACUAUCAGAGGCGAUACAUGAGGGGCUAGAGCCGUGUCUGCGUAUCAGUUGAAGAGCCUUCGAUGACCCGGAGCGCUGUCAUUCGAUAUUUGAUGAGCUUUCCAGAUUCUGAAUAUACGCACGGUCAUGUGUCGCUUUUGGUCUGUGAGUCGGGCAAUGCAGUUACAGCGAACUGGGACACCUUCACGCUCGGAUGACUUGUAUGGGUUGUGGGAUGUGGUGGACUCUGUCGAUGAGAUAUCGACCACAGAUACUGGAGCCAUGGACGGACUGACUCCAUGAAGCAGACCGACUCCAUGCA